AAGGGGGUAAAAGAAAAGGUUUAAGGUAAAAAAGUAUUCAAAAUACAUACAUAGAAAAUACUCGUAAAUGUGCUCUUUUAUCUGUUCUGAUUAGUUAUAUGCAUAUAAAAUACUUGCUGUAUGCAUGUUUUUGGAUUCACAUUUAUGCUUGGCCUUUCAAUUAUUGCUGCAUGAAUUUUGUGAACUUUUUCUGAUUGCUUCCGAUAGGGACGAGUCUCUUGAAACCGAUGUAAAAUUCCUGGAGACCCUAGGUAUUGUGGGGGUUAGUCACCACAGUUUACUCUUCUCCAAAACAGCUCAUGUAGAAGAGAAAGAAAUAAGUCAUUUUUAUAGGAAGAAGCAAGCUGCAUUUGUUGGAAAUUCUUCAAGUACAGCACUGGAGCGCAAUAUUGACAAGGCGGAGCAUUCCUUCAAUCCGAAGUAUGUAAAGCUAAACAAGAAAAGCUCGUCCACGGAUAGUGUUGGCAAACCGACAGAAUCUGAUCCUAAAGGGAGGAUUCGUCUGUCACAGUUAUUUGUUAAUAAGGCAACAAUUUCAAUGAGAAAAACUGCAAAAAAAGACUUCUGAUCAGCAAGAUAGAGAUGGAAAAACAACUCAGAAUGUAGUCAUUGAUUUCGAUUAUCUAACCGGAGAGCUUCACGAAGUGUUGAAUGUAUAUAGAUCACUUUACGAAGCAAAUAUGUUGAAAGGUUUUCUCAACAUGCAACUUUUUCAAGUGCAAUUAAUCUCUUUUGAAGUUUCCUACCAAAUUUUGCUUGGGUUGCGAUGUAAAGUGUUAUUUUUUGUCCAAAUUGGAGGAGGCUAAGUUGAAUAUUGAAAUGUUUAGUCUUUACUCACUUAACUUGUAAAAAAAUGUAGGUCAAUUUUAAAUUUUUAAGUUCAGUUGAGUUUCUAUAGG